GUGCUUGGCGAUGUGUCGCUGUGGUGCUGUACCGGGAGCGCGGUAGGUGCGGAGCCCCUUCCGGGCAGGUGUCGGUGCCGGGCCCGGGGCGGGGUCGGGCCGGGGCUCCCCGCCCGCAGGUGCGGCCUGCCCAAGGCGCGGCCCGCGCAGGUAAAACCAGAGAAGCCCCGCCGCUGCUAUCGCAGUCCCACAGCGAUGUUAGGGACGCAGCAGCAGCUACAGCCGCCCGCGCUGCCCCCGCACCUCCCGCAGCAGCAGCACUGCAGCACCCUGCCUUCCCGCCGGGCCUGCCCCGAGCCCCCGCCGUCCCCGGAGCCGCCGCGGCCACUGCCCUGCCUGGACCCCGCUCCGCACCAGCAGCAGGACGGCGCCGUGGCCUACGACCGGGUGCGCACCUACGGGCCGGGCUGCCGCCAGGUCAGCACCUCCUGCUCCUCUCGAGCCGCCUCGCCGCUGGACUGCGGACACGGCUGCGACCGGCCACAGGAGUGGCAGUUCCAGGUGUGGCCGGUGGAGCAGUGCCUGCCGGUGGCGGUCACCCAGCAGUGCCAGCAGACACAGACAGGCUCUCCCUGUGAGCUGGGCCCGGGCAGUGAUGAGUGCCGGGGACACCCCGUCAGGAGGGGCACAGCCCCCCCCAAGCUGGUGAGCUGCCCCCAGGACAGCCCUGAGCAACUGGACUGUCGCUUCUUUGGGGAGCUGCUGGCAGAGCUGCACCGCAAGAGCACUGACCUUUACAGCUGCUUGCUGCAGCAUAUGGAGAAGAUUGGGACAAGGAACCACGACAUUGAAUUCAUAUGCCAGACUGAAGAUAUUGAAGAAUUAAUUCCCAAAGGACUGUCUGAAGCAACAAAGCAGCAGAUUCGUUAUCUCCUCCAGAUGAGAGUGACAUCGGACAAAUCCCUGAGACUUGUGCUUUCCACGUUCAAGAAUCUGCGUGAGGAGCUCUGCCAUUUGCAGGAUGACCUGGGGAAGCUGGAAACCGACAAUGUCUUACUGAAGAAGGAUUUGGCUUUUAAGGAUUCUCAACUAAAAGAAUAUGAAACAAUGCUGGCUUCUUUGAGAGAGAACAAUUGUCAGCAGCAGCAAGGGCUCAGGGACAGCAUUGCCAAAUGCCACUCCCUGGAGGAACAGCUCCUGUGCCUGCAGCUCAGAGAGGAGGACAAGGACUGCCAGCUGAAGGAGCUGGAGUACAGCAAGAGGGCCCUGGAGCAGGAGAUCCAGAGCCUCAAGCUGCAGAGCUGCUCCAGCCCAACCCUGCAGACCACGACAGACGAGCUCUCCAGCCGCUAUGUGGAGAUGAUCAACAACCUGAGGGAGGACAAGGACAGGGAGAUCUGCAGUCUCAGGUCCCAGCUGUGCCAGCUCCAGCAGGACAUAACCAGGAGAGAGGGGAGCAACAGCAACUUGCAAAUGAGGCUGCACGAACUGACAUCGCUGCUGGAGGACAAAGAGGCUUUUAUUAAACAACAGCAAGAGGAGCUCUUCAGACUGAAGCACAAGAAGUUAUCCGGCAGUCAGUCCCCUAGGGUGACAGCCAUCAUCACUAAAAAGUGUAGGAAUCAGUAUCCUGUUCUGGGUCUCCUGUCUGAUGACUACAAGGUCACAUCACCUGUCAAUAAAUCACAAACGAUUGUAAUUGAGAGGACUGGAGAGAUCUGGAAACACGAAUGAGAGAAACCUCUGAGCACUCAGAGCUGCUCCAAGGAGUUCACAAUCACUAAAACUGCUUUACUUUCUGCUCUUCUGCAUCCAAAAAAAGGUUCAGUCUGAUAGCGAGAAAGGCUGGGAAAACAUUAAGGACUCACUUUUCCCUUGGAAGAGUGGGAUACUAUCCCUCUGUGGACUUCAGCUGUUCUUGACUAGCUCCUGGUUUUCAGCCAGUCCUGAGGCAAUCUAGAAGACAAAAGGAAGACACUUGAAACCUUUUCCUCUUGGUCCUUUUGUAGACAUGUUCUGUCUCCUCAUGCUGAGAGUGGGAAUGACUCUGAUGUCAGUCCCACCCCUCCCACAGCUGCUUUCAGUGCAGUCAUGGGCUGCAUAGGAACUUAAAAAUACCUCACUGGGAACUGCUCCUUACCUUACACCUGCCUCUGUCUGGGAAGCUCAGACACAAAGGACAAAACUCACAUCAAACCCAGCUUCUGACCUGGCAAAUGCCAGAAGGACCCAGUUUAGUGAAGGGCUGGGCCAAGGCUCAUUUUAGAGAAUGUUUCUGACCUCAGACGUGAUGUCUUUUCAGCCCCAAACCAGCUGUAAGUAUUUAUUUGCUGUGCUUCAAAUUCUCAAGAACUUGGUAUAUUUUUAUAUAGAACUUUGUGUGAAAAUAACUCAUGGACUAAGUUUCCUUAUCAGACCAACCUGCCAUUUACAAUUUCCACUCCUUGCAGGACCACAGAAAUUCUUUCAAACUGAUUUGGUGUUCAUGAUUCAGUAGUUGUCUGAGCAACACAGCACAGAGAGUCACAGGAAAAAUUUGCAAUGCUGCAAUCCAAAGGUGCUCUUUUAUCGUGAGGUUCUUGCUUUGCUUUCCUGCUACAGCCGUGUAUUUCUGUUCCCAGAUAAUAUAGACCCUAGGCAAUGUUUAAUGGGGAAAGAAUCCUGGAGGCUACCUGUAACCAUGAAAUAAACCCAAGUCUAACUGGAUCAUUGUCUGUCUGUCCUGGAAACAUCUUGUGUACAGCUGGAGGAAGGGUAGGUGGUCUCUGGUUCCUCUCCAUGAAUCUUCACAAGUGAAGGAUUAAGGCUGGCUCCCUUUUUCGGCUGCUGCUGCCAGAACUCCCUCAGGUACUGCUGGAUGUCCAGCUGGCCUUGUGCUUUUCAGGACUGAGCAAAGAGCCAUGAGUAAAACCUGGUCCUGCUGCUGCUUUUUGAGUGUGUCCAGGCUGAGA